CGCAGCCUGCCGGACGCGGGCUCUUUCGACGGCGCAGGCGCACUCCGAGAGCCUAGAGGCGCAGGUACAGAGAACAUCCAGGUAGUGACUGCAGUUCCACCUCUGGUCUGGUUGGCAUGUAUCAUGGGCGAAGUACUGGUAAAGGGCCCUCCACUCCCACGCAGAUUUACCAGCAACCUCCAAGGCUUCUUAUUGUGCAUAUUGCUCUACCGUCCUGGGCUCACAUCUGCUCCAACCUCUGUGAGGCUCUGCAGAACUUUUUCUGUCUAGCCUGCAGCUUGAUGGGCCCCAGCCGCAUGUCCCUCUUCAGCUUAUACAUGGUACAAAAUCAGCAUGAAUGUAUCCUUCCCUUUGUGCAAGUGAAAGGGAACUUUGCUAGGCUGCAGGCCUGCAUCUCAGAACUCCGCACGUUGCAGAAAGAAGGCUGUUUCAGACCACACAGAACUUCUCUGCAACUGGCAGUAGAGGAUGGGCUCCAGCAGUUCAAACAGUACACCAGACACGUGGCCACAGGUGCAGCUCUGAGCUACACUUCCCUGGAGAUUACUGUUCUGACUUCUCAGCCUGGAAAAGAAGUUGUCAAACAAUUGGAGGAAGGAUUGAAAGAUACAGACCUAGUAAGGGUCAGGAGACUUCAGGUGGUUGAGAUCACAGAGGGAGUCCUAGAGUGUAUGGACUCAGUAUCCCCUGUUGAAGAGCCUAGCAGCGAUGAGAGUUCUGUCCUGGGAACUGACAUUGACCUUCAGACCAUAGACAAUGAUGUUGUCAGCAUGGAGAUUUUCUUCAAAGCCUGGCUACAUAACAGUGGAACAGACCAAGAACAUAUCCAUCUUCUUCUUCCUUCACGGUGUUUCAGCAACAUUUCCAGAUCCGGAGAUGAUUCAAUGUGCCUGAAAUGUGAUCUCCAAGAGCGACUUCUCAGCCCGUCCCUGCUCCCUGGCACAGCUGAUGGCUCCUUGAGAAUGGAUGACCCCAAAGGAGACUUCAGCACACUUUACCAGAUGGCCUCCCAGUCAUCAGCCUCUUGUUACAAGCUCCGGGUGAUCAAGGCUCUAAAUUCCAGUGGGAUCUGCGAGUCAUUGACAUAUGGACUGCCCUUCAUCCUCAGACCCACAAGCUGUUGGCAGCUGGACUGGGAUGAGCUAGAGACAAAUCAGCAGCAUUUCCAUGCUUUGUGUCACAGCCUGCUGAAAAGAGAAUGGCUGCUGUUGGCCAAAGGGGAGCCCCUGAGUGGAGGACACAGCCUGAGGACGCCUACCAGCACUUUCUAUGUGAUUGUGCCAUCACACUCCCCCACUCUGCUGGUGAAGGCAGUGGCCACUAGGGAACUGUUGCUGCCCAGCCCCUUCCCCCCGCUGCCUGAGGACCCAACUGACGUCAGCCUUAAGACUGUGGAGAGGGUGCUGGACAGCCUGGAGCUAGAGCCCACCUACAACCCCUUGCAGGCUUGGAGCCACCUGUACUCACACCUGAGCAACACCUUGACCAAGCUUCAGGGCCGGAUCCAGCCAAGCUUGGAAAGCCGGGCCCUGAGAAAGCAUCCCUGCAAGGCUGGACAGUUGCAGACAAACCGAGUUCGAGCCACAGUGGCCCCCCUGCCUAUGACUCCAACCCCUGGCAGAGCCCCCAAGAUGCCAGCAGCCAGCAAGCCUUCCUCAGAAGUCUUCUUCUGGCCUUCCAAGGAGGAAGAAGUAGAGGAGCAGAAAGGGGAGGAGUAUCCCUCUGGGCCCUAA